UACUCUCUGUCCACGGGGGGUAUAUUUGAUGCUAGCGGGAAAUACCGUGUCUACAAAAACUUGAUCAAAAGCGAUUUCUCCACCAAUCAGAAGCCAGGAGCGGAUGCAAGCUUGCACCUCUUGGCCUUAGCAACGCACACAUCCAUCAACAGCUUGCAUCACCUGGACUCUUUGGUGGAACGUUGACAGAACCCUCUCUCUGUGGCCAUAUUCGCACACGGGCAAGAUGUCAAGUUUGCCACAGCCCUGGUCUACGCCCUCAGCAUCUUCUGCCCUCAGAACCAGGCCUUGGUGGACUUCCACUUGGUGUGCCACUCUGGGGAGAUUGCAAGUUUCCCCGAGCAGGACCGGGAGCAUUUUGCCGGUCUGGAGGACUGUGCCGCGGUGUUAGCCAGGCUGGAGACGCACAGAGACAAAUACCAGAACUACGCCAUCGGGGGUAACGUCUCCUAUCCAAACAAUCUUCUUCGGAACGUUGCCAGCGGCGUCGUGGAAGCCAACUACAUCCUGGUCAUCGACAUCGACAUGGCGCCCAGUGCCGACCUCCACCAGCAGUUCCUGGCGCUGGUCAUGAGACGUGAACCUGCCACAGACGAGGUCUUCGUCCUGCCUGCCUUGUACCUGCCUGCCAUGUACGCAAGAUGCCUGCCACCAAGUCAAAGCUGGUGCAGCUGUACCAGGUGGGAGAGGUGCGGCCCUUCUAUGAGGAGCUGUGCCCACGGUGCCAGGCCCCCACCAACUACUCCCAGUGGGUGAAUAGACAUAGCCAAGGCUUGGGGCCCCUGGACAAGGCCUAUACGUUAUCCUGGGUGGACCCCUGGGAGCCUUUCUACAUCGGGCCUCGCACCGUGCCCCUGUACGAGGAGAGCUUCAGGCAGUACGGCUUUAACCGCAUCACCCAGGUAUGUAUUGUACGGAUAAAGGUAGCCAAUGACUCCCAGUGUGGAGGGGACGUGACAGGUGUGUGUGUAUGUAUGGUUGAAAACAGUUAGAACUACAUUACAUUAUCAACAGACACAGUACACUGCAGAGAUUCUUGCACUGCAGUAAAAUAUACAUAAUACAAAUAGAAUAUAAAUAAAUACUUCAUCCUGACACAUCAUUCAACUAAAAGUUUUCACCAGUUCAUGUUGUCCUCCCUUACCUCAUUGUCCUCCUUUUCUCCCCCUCUUCCCUCCCCAGGCCUGUGAGCUCCACGUCGCGGGCUACAGAUUCUCCGUCCUGCACUCUGCCUUCGUGGUGCACAAAGGGUUCAAAGUUCAGGGCGAGUUCCACAGCAGGAAGGACGAGGAGAACCGAAGGAACCGCCUCCUGUUCCGCAGCUUCAAGGAGGGCCUAAAGACCAAGUACUCCUCCUCCCCUCGACGCUGC